AUGGAUUUGAUUAAGAGAGAGGAGGAGGAGGAAGUUGAUAGGAUCACCAACUUACCCGACUCACUGAUUCAUCACAUCCUCUCUUCUCUGCACAUCAAGCAUGUUGCUCAAACCAGCGUGUUAUCUAAAAGAUGGAGCUACAUUUGGAUCACUCACCCUAUCCUUGAUUUUCAAGACUCGAAAUGUUCCACAUCUACUUCUUCCGAGUCCGAUGACUCAGAGUGCUUCACACCUACUUCUUCCGACACCAAUACUUCUCCCGAGUCCCAGACCAACGACUUCAUGGAUUUUGUGGAUGGAACAUUGCAUCGUCGGCAUAGUGGGGCAAAUAUACAAAGGUUUGCUAUCACUUGGUCGCAACAUUUGAACAAAUAUCGAGUCAAUUCAUGGAUCACUAGCGUUGUAAGGCAUAACGUUGAACAACUCAGUCUAUGUUUAGAUCAGGGAUCAAAUCCCAUGAUUAUUACCCGCUCUCUUAAUGUCCGCAUUCCUAAUCAUAUCUCUUUUCCAAAACUCAAGUGCCUUGUACUCGAUGGUGUCGAAUUUAGUGAUGAUGAUGAAUACUGGAAUGAAAAUCUCUUUUCCAAUUGCUCGGUCCUCGAAGAUUUCAAUAUACCACGUUGCACUUGGUUCGAUAUUCCAAAUUUUUGUAUUUCAGCCCCUGCACUAAAAAACUUUAAGAUGGAUCUUUGGGAGGACGUACGAGAGGAUGCAGGGUUACGGGGUUGUGCUCUCAAGGUUGAUGCACCAAAUCUAGAGUCUUUUUAUUACGAUGCUAGUAUUGCCAAGGAGUAUGUUCUGACAACCUUUCCUUUGCUUGUUAGAGCAGCGGUCCUAUUUCGCUUUAAGCCAAAAAGAAAGCAAAGGAUUGGUCAUGGUGCAGCUGUAAGUCAGUUUUUUCGAGCCCUUGCGAAUGUAAAACGCCUAAGUGUUUCUGAUGACACCCUAAAGGUAUUCUUGCAUGCUUAUGAAUUCAGAAUAGUUUACGGGUCUUUCUUUUUUUCAUUGUUUAAUCAAACUCCAUGA